CUUGGAGAGAGGACGGAUAAACGGCGCUGACGGUACCGGAUUUGAUACCCGAAGGAGGGAGGGAUGCUACGGUGAUUUCCCUCUUUUCUCUCCCGACACCCACCACCUCCUCCUCACCACCAUCAUCACUCCACUUCAUUACUUCAAUCUCGGAACCUUAUCAAGACGCACCACUGCUGUCUGUCACCUUUUUUAUUCAUCUUUUAACCCGCUUGGUUGGUUUGGUUGGGUUUUUUUCCCCCUCUGCGCACCAGCAGGAUAAAAAGAACAUUUUGGGGUUUGUUUUUUUACCACCUCAUCUCCAAGCCACUGAAAUACAAAAACUGGGGUUUCAAUCAGUGGAUGUGUUGGACAUCUGAUAAAAAAAAAAGCAAUACUUGUUGAGAGAAGUGAUCGUUUUCGGCUGGCUUGUAUGUAUUGGGGGAAUUUCCUUGGAGAGACGGGCUGCGCACGGAGUUUCUCACUUCCAAGGCAGAUCUGUGUCGCUGUACAGAGGAGAAAACACUCAACAUAUCCAACACCAGUAAUGAGCUAAAGGCUCUGUGAUCAGAGGAGAGAGGAAGUAAACCAAUUGUGAAAGAAGAGAAAGAAAAACGACAAGAAGAACGGCAACGACGGGAAAGUCGGUGAUGAGUAUCCGCACCAACCGGCCCCUUCUCAGCCAAUGAACUAGGAAGAUCAUCAACAACAUUUCGUUAGCAAAAACAGGAUAUCACCUCAGUGGGAGCGGAGCUCCACUGAGAGGAACCCGAAAGUAGGGGGCGGAGAGAAGUGCACGGUAGCUCAGGUCGGGCGAGAUGGCGAUGAAGCGGCAAGGUCUUGGGUCGCUGAGAGCCUUCCUGGUGUUGGUGGGAGUUUCUGCGCUCUGUAGCGUCGCAUUAGGAACCCGGAGAGGAAAUGCUUCUUUGGAUCAAAGGGGCCACAGACACCGACAUCCAGGUCACUUGUCGCUGCAUAGACACAGGCAGAGGGCAGGGAAGGAGGGACAGGUACUCCACAGGUCCAAGCGAGGAUGGGUCUGGAAUCAGUUCUUCGUUAUUGAGGAGUACACUGGGCCUGACCCGGUUCUGGUGGGCAGGCUCCACUCAGAUGUAGACUCAGGCAUUGGCAACAUCAAGUAUAUCCUGUCCGGCGAAGGUGCAGGGACGAUCUUCGUUAUCGAUGACAAAACGGGCAACAUCCACGCUACAAAAACCCUGGACCGCGAGGAGCAGGCCCAGUACACUUUAACAGCCCAGGCAGUGGACAGAGACACAAAUAAGCCUCUGGAGCCUCCAUCGGAGUUUAUAGUCAAAGUUCAGGACAUCAAUGAUAAUCCUCCUGAGUUUCUACAUGGGCCGUACUACGCCAGGGUGGCUGAGAUGUCCAAUGUUGGUACGUCAGUGAUGCAGGUGACAGCUACAGACGCUGAUGACCCCACCUACGGCAACAGUGCCAGGCUGGUGUACAGCAUACUGCAAGGACAACCGUACUUCUCUGUGGAGCCUCAGACAGGUAUCAUUCGUACUGCCUUGCCAAACAUGGACCGUGAAGCACGCCAGGAGUAUGACGUCGUCAUCCAGGCCAAAGACAUGGGAGGUCACAUGGGCGGGCUGUCAGGGACUACAGAGGUUAAAAUCACUCUCACAGACGUCAACGACAACCCUCCAAAGUUCCCACAAAGUGUGUAUUCCAUGUCUAUAUCAGAGGAUAAAGUGCCAGGAGAAGAGGUGGGUCGUCUCAAGGCCAAAGACCCCGACCUGGGAGACAACGGGAUGGUGAAAUACCGCAUAUUAGACGGAGAUGGAGUCGGCAUGUUUGAACUGAGCACCGACUCUGAGACCAGAGAGGCUGUCAUUAAACUGAAGAAGCCUGUGGACUUUGAGACGAAACGGUCAUACACUUUGAAGGUGGAGGGAUCCAACCCUCAUGUUGACCCUCAAUAUCUUGCUUGGGGGCCUUACAAGGACGAAGCCACAAUAAAGAUAUCAGUGGAGGAUGCAGAUGAGCCUCCUCAGUUUGUAGAUCCCAGUUACACUUUUGAGGUAAAGGAGAAUGCGCCUGAGGGCACCCCGGUGGGACGAGUCCACGCCAAGGACACUGACGUUGCCAACAAUCCCGUCAGGUACAUGAUCCCUCUGUACACAGAUAUAGAGCAGUUCUUCAGCAUAAACGCAGAAGACGGCAUGAUCACCACAACAAGACCACUGGACAGAGAAACACAGGCCUGGCAUAAUAUAUCUGUGUCGGCCACAGAGAUUGGAGGACACCACCAAGACACCAAAGUGCGUGUUAAUAUCAAAGUGAAAGAUGUAAACGACAACUCCCCAGAGUUUGCCACCAACAACGAAGUCCUCAUGUGUGAAACUGUCGCAGCGGGGACGGAUAUUCAUACAGUGAGUGCAGUGGACAAAGACGAGAUGGCUCACAGACAACACUUCACUUUCAGCCUCACUCCAGAAGUCACCCACAACCACAACUUCUCCAUCAAAGACAACAGAGACAGCACAGCCAGUAUCAUUGUGCUCCGUAAAGGCUUCAGCCGCCAGACCCAGGAUGUUUACUACCUUCCCAUCGAGAUAAACGACAACGGUUUCCCUGCUAUGAGCAGCACCAACACCCUGACCAUUCGAGUCUGUUCCUGUAAGAGCGGAGACAUCAUCUCUUGUAACGUGGAGCCCUACGUCCUUCCUGCUGGUCUCAGUACCGGGGCACUGAUAGCCAUCCUGGCCUGUAUCGUCAUUCUGCUGGCGAUAGUUGUGUUGUUUGUUGCACUGAGGCGUCAGAAGAAGGAGCCGUUGAUAGUGUUUGAGGAGGAGGACAUCAGGGAGAAUAUUAUCACUUAUGAUGACGAGGGAGGUGGUGAGGAGGACACGGAGGCUUUCGACAUCGCCACACUGCAGAACCCAGAUGGUGCCAACGGUUUCCUGCCAAGAAAGGACAUCAAACCAGAGCUUCAGUAUCCCAUGAGGCCCGGCGCUGGCCGUCCUGCAGCCAACAGCGUCGACGUUGAUGACUUCAUCAAGACUCGAAUUGCGGAGGCAGACAGCGACCCCACCGCACCUCCCUACGAUUCCAUUCAGAUCUACGGAUACGAAGGCAGAGGAUCAUUGGCUGGGUCAUUGAGUUCCCUCGAAUCUGUCACAACAGAGUCUGACUUGGAUUAUGACUAUCUGCAGAGUUGGGGGCCGAGGUUUAAGAAGCUGGCAGAUUUGUACGGGACCAAAGACUGCUUCAUUAACGAUGGUGAUGAUGGUGAAGACUCUUAACAGUGGUCUUACUGAGUGGACGCCCCCGAUUUCUGAUUUAUUGAUUCCAUGAGGAUUUGUUAACUGUGGGUUAACACUCCCCAGUACCCAAUCGUUACCAACUACCACCUGAUCAGUUCAUGCCAAUGUGUCGACGGACGUUAACAGCUCUCCCUUCUACGGCGCCUCCCUGGUCCUCCAAGACGAUUUGUUAAUGAACACAUAAUGAACGCUUGGUCUCCGCUUCCAGUUUUUCCCAAAUCUCCCCGUCCCCACCUACAGUAUGUCUCCUCCCCUUUCUCUUUCUACAGACUUGAGCAUUGCAGGGCUGGAAGAUUUGUUAUGUCACCAGUGUGUCCGUUUGAAAGUAAAAUGUUGGGAAAAAAUGUUGCUGUGUGAUCAAAAUGACCUGCUUAUAGCUAACUGUUUAGUUUCUUAGAGGUUCUAUAUACUUUUGUGGACUGGAUUCAUGUACGUCCUCAAUGGUUCCUGAGAGAGAUUUUAUUCCCUUGACAGGUUCCUGAGUGGGGUAUAUUUGCUUUAGUUGCUCUCUUUGUGGUGUCAGAUACACAGAAAUAGAUGAAGAGAGAAAGUACAAGUUAGUAUGGAAUCCAGCAACUGCCUGAUGUUAUGAAAGAGAAAUAAAAGUUGAUGAAGGUGUUUCGGCGGGGUCAGCUGAAACAAAAUGCUUUUUCAAAUUUGUUGUUGUGUGUGCAGAAUUCAGCAGGUACUGUGGUUUAGAUAGAAUAACAGACUCUGGGUUGUUGAUACUUUGAAGACGCUUACAGCAUCUUCACAGUAUGGUGGCCUUAUAAUAAAUAAACAACAACUCCAGGGGUAAACACAACAAGAGUAACGAUAGAGACCACUAGCUUCGGUAGCUACACACAGACAUAAGAACCCACAAAGACUGAGUAUCUGUGAAAAUGCUACACAAAUACCUUUUUUCUACUCCCAAAACGAGACAGACUCGACAUGGAUUCAAUUAAAAAAAAACUGUGGAUGAUUCUUUGUUUUCAUUCUUCACUGCAGAGAAGACGUGAAAAGAAAAGCUGCCCUUCUCCACGCCCCCUGUGUCCCCAUUCCUCCCAUAAACAAUCACUUCCCAUACCGAGUCCACCAAUGAAUGAUCACUUCUUCAUCCAGAGUCCACCAAUGAUGAUCAAUCACAAUGAGUAAAAACCUGUGAGCUCUAAAAAUCGCCUUAAACUUAAUGGACACUCUUGCAACGCAGUGCAUUCUCUUUUUUUCUCCUUUUGUUUCUUUUUGUAACUUGAAAAGUAUAUUCAGAAAGCAAACUAUUCUCCAUGUUAGGUAUGUACAGAGCAAUGUGCAGACGUGAUAUAUCACUUUGAGGAUCCAACUUGCGCCUCGUGCACCCUUAAACUGGAUGUGCAGUUUUUGCUAGCACGGUAAAUGUGGACCAGAAAAAUGUGCAUUGUGUGUUUUUUUCCCCAAACACCAGCUAUGUUGGCAGCGACACCUGUUGCAUCAACACAUGUUGCUAUUGAAACAUAAAAUGUGCACACUGGAAAAUAACACAAAGUGUGUUUUCCAGGUUCCACAUCUACACAGAGGCUGAAACCAGUACAUCCUUUUUAAGUGUGCAGGUUCUUGUUCAAUCUCUUUUUUAAUGUUAUUAUAUUAUUAUGAUUAUUAUUGUUGUUUUUUUAUUGUUAUUGUUAUUAUUAUUAUUAUUAUUAUUAUCAUCAUCAUUAUUAAGACAAUAAUUAUUUUGUUUUUUUUGGCUGCAGCUACACAGGAACAAAUUCAUGUUUAACUCUUUGCAAAUGUUCUUAUGCUUGUCUAAACAUGGACAGGUGUAAGAAAUCUACUGCCAAAAGUUAAAUAUCAGCUUUGGGUUAUACCUGUGUGAAUACAACCGUUCUCAUUUCUUUUGUUUCUUUUGGGGUUUUUUUUAUUAUUAUUAUUUGGCGUUUCUUCGUUCUUUCUCCCUGUUCAAGAGAAAAACUAGCAAUCUGUGUUUGUUGCAGUGAGAGAACGCCUCGUUUUUAUUCUCUGUCAAGUUUUAUGGUACCGAUUUGUACAAUUUUAAAAGUUCUUAUUUUAGUAUACAUGCAGAAUAUUCCAGUAUUACAACAAAAAACAUGUUAAGAAGAUAAGAUUAAAAUGUUACAGCAUCACACUUAUAUUUUCAGAACAUUGUAAUGUUGCUUUACUAUGUGCUUCAAUCUCCGAAGCGAAAAAAAACUUUGAAAUAAAUGCUCUUUUUAUAAAAUGA